GGUUAACGGGUUCAAUUCAUACUAGAGAAGUGGGUUGUGUGUUGAGAGAUACUUCAUAAUAUUCUCUUUUCUCAGUCCCCCCUUGGGCAUAUCCCAUCCUCCCUGUUCAGACGUGUUCCUUUACGCGUGGGAGCCACUGCAGAACACUUGAGGACGACUUGGGGAGAUUUUUCCCACUCCCGCCUCCGACUCCCGCUGAUCGCAACUCGGAAAACUCGCUCUUCGACGACACACUCAUUCCGCCAUUUCGCACCACACCUGGCAGUCAGCGUCGGUCAGUCCUAUUUACUUCAGCCUCGACCCGCUCGUCUCGCACCUCCAUAGGCAACCCACAUACACACACACUGUUGCAGUCGCCCUCCCCUCGAAACCCCACAGAAUGUCAACAGCAUCAGCAACAACACCGCUCCGCACGCAGGUGCUUUCGGCAUACAAGGCGCUGCUGCGCGCACAGAAGAAGACUUUUGGGCAGGAUAUGUUUCAGAUAAGAAGCGCCCGCCAAUACACCCGGGAUCAGUUCCUCAAAUCAGCAAAGGAAACCGACCCCGCCGCAAUCACCAAACUAGUCACUACCGCAAACCAAGCGGCAACCAUCAUCCGGAGGAAUGUUGUACAGGGCGUUAGGAAGCGGGAGGAUACGUUUCAGCUCCGAUUAGACGAAGAGAAGGAGAUCAACGACAACGAGUCGAUCCGGAGUAGGAAGGGGCAGCCGCCGCAGCGGGCUGGGACGGCGCCGGUGAAGUGUUGUUCGGCGUAGGGAAGCUUUGGCACCGCUGGGGAUCAUGCAUUCGCAGGAUUAUUUAUGCAGCAUCGAAAGUCUGAUACUUACUCCACAACCGCCGGAUUCCUUGCCUCAAUCCACGGAGCGUAGCCACCCGGGGGCAUUUGAUAAUAUAGCAACCCCUCUGCGCCCGCAUAUGCCCAUCCCCAUCACAGCUCCGUCUACUCCGCUUCACUCUCCCCCUUUUUGGCUUCAUUUCACAAUAGACAUGCCUUGCACAAAGAAUCUUUGUCGGAUGUUGUGAUACAUGUGGUAUGAAGCAUAUAUCGGCGAAAUAUG